AUGACUACAUCGUCCACAACAAGACCCUACGCUUCUCUCCAAGAGUGCAAAAACGCUCACGCACAAUUGACCGACACGUUCUCGACUGGAAAGACAAAGUCACUCCGAUGGAGAAAGUGGCAGCUCAAGCAGUUUUGGUGGAUGCUGGAAGACAACCAACGAGCCAUCACCGAAGCCCUUGCUGCCGAUCUCAGGAGACAUGAAAUGGAAAGCCUCACAUCCGACCUCCUUGGACUCAAAACCGAUAUCCUGGAGCACCUGGAGCACCUCGAAGAGUGGGUGGCCGAUGAACCUGUUACGUCGGCAGGAUUCAUCCUGGGGAGGCUUGGGAAAGCGCGCGUUCGCAAGGAACCGCUUGGCGUGGUCUUGGUCAUUGGGGCUUGGAACUUUCCCUUUCUCCUGACACUGCAGCCCGUAAUCGCUGCUAUUGCGGCUGGUUGCUGUGUAUUGAUCAAGCCAUCGGAGCUUUCGGUUGCGUCCCAGGACCUCAUGGCCGAUUUGGUCACCCAAUAUCUUGAUCCUGAGGCUAUUCGCCUGGUUACUGGGGGACCCCAAGAAACGACAGGUCUUCUUGAACUCAAGUUUAAUCACAUCUUCUUCACCGGCUCUAGUAAGGUGGCUAGAUACGUUUCAGCUGCUGCUGCGAAGCAUCUCACGCCAACUGUACUAGAGUUGGGAGGCCAAGGUCCUGCCAUCGUGACGAGCAAGGCUGAUGUCGACCUUGCGGCCAAGUGCAUCGCCUGGGCCAAGUUUCUCAACGCUGGACAGAUCUGCCUUUCGGUAAACCACGUCUUUGUGGACCCCGAAAUUCAUGAAGCCUUUGUACAAAGACUCGUCUACUGGACCAACAAAUUCUCAACUUCGGGGCACAUGUGCAAGAUUGUCAACAGGCGAAACUUUGACCGCCUGGCCAAGCUUCUGGGUGACUCAAAGGGCAACGUGCACCAGGACAAAGUGGAUCAGGAAAACAGUAUAAUGAGCCCGGCAGUCGUGACUGGCGUUGAUAUGAAAGAUUCGUUGCUCAGUGAGGAGCUGUUCGGCCCCAUCUGCCCGGUCAUCAGAGGAACAUACAAGGAUGCAGUUAGAAGCAUUAAAAGGCAAUUAGUGCUAACCUCUGUUAACGAGCGGUCUGAAGUCGAAUACGUUCUUGACAAUACUAACUCGGGUGGUGUCACCAUCAACGAUGUACUGAUGCACUACGCCGUGCCCGGGGCACCGUUUGGUGGCGUUGGAGAGUCGGGGAUGGGAUACUAUCACGGAAAACACGGCUUCAUGGCUUUCACACAUCAGAGAACGAUUGUGGAAAUUCCAUCCUGGCUACAUAGACUGACUGGAGCCCGGUAUCCUCCCUAUGACAUUGGCAACAAAGGCAAGGUUACGGUCAAGAAUCAUCUGGGCUUCCGUCGAGACGAGUCUAUGGAAGAUCAAACCCAUUUCUACUCUAGUCGUGGCAGUGGCCCUGUAUCGCUGGAACUAUGUGGAGGCAGCUUUGUCGUGGAUAUCUCGUGGGUUGAGUCGAUGAUUACGCAUCUUGUAUAG